AUGUCCGGGCGCGGAAAGCAGGGCGGGAAGGCGCGCGCCAAGGCCAAGUCGCGCUCGUCGCGGGCCGGGCUGCAGUUCCCCGUGGGCCGCGUGCACCGGCUGCUGCGCAAGGGCAACUACGCGGAGCGCGUGGGCGCCGGCGCCCCGGUGUACCUGGCGGCCGUGCUGGAGUACCUGACGGCCGAGAUCCUGGAGCUGGCGGGCAACGCGGCCCGCGACAACAAGAAGACGCGCAUCAUCCCCCGCCAUCUGCAGCUCGCCAUCCGCAACGACGAGGAGCUCAACAAGCUGCUGGGCAAGGUGACGAUCGCGCAGGGCGGCGUGCUGCCCAACAUCCAGGCCGUGCUGCUGCCCAAGAAGACCGACAGCCACAAGGCAAAAGCCAAGUGAGCGCCGAGUACUAAAGGUCGUGAAGUUCUAUUACAAGAAACCCAAAGGCUCUUUUAAGAGCCACCUACAAA